UAUAUCGACCGUAGCCCAUGAGUAACACUUCCGUCCAUUCGUCCCCACUACUCGAGCAUUCCAAUCAUAAGUUGACUCAUUGUUUUUAUUAUUUUGAUUAAAAGCAUUUGCCAUUUUUAUAUUCGUUUCUGCGGUUUAGGUAUCUUGGUGUUAAGUGAACCAGUUUUAAAAUUGAUAGCACAACUUUUCCGUUUGAACUGCUCUGUAUGUGAUUUUUUUUUAUCGUCUUUAUUAUCUUCGGAUUAUUGUGGCGCCGAGUAUUUGAUUACCGUUCAGAAGCUUUUCAACAGAAUGUAUCAAUCAAGUAGAGUAUUACCAAGUAAUACAGGUUAUUCUAAAGAUACAGCUAUGAUGUGGCAACAAGGACAAUAUUUGCCAGAAUCCGGUAUCCAUUCGGGUGGAACUACUCAAGCUCAUUCUAUUACUGAUAAAGAAGAUGAUUUAGAACGUGAUCAAUUGAUCUAUGAACUUAAUCAAGGAUUUUCACAUGGGUUUACUCAAGAUCAAGUUGAUGAAAUGAAUCAGCAGUUGAGUCAAUCGCGUACUCAAAGAGUACGAGCAGCAAUGUUUCCUGAAACGCUCGAGGAAGGUAUUGAAAUCCCUUCUACACAAUUUAAUCAAGGGCAGUUGACAGCUGUUCAACGAUUAGCUGAGCCAAGUCAAAUGUUAAAACAUGCUGUCGUUAACUUAAUUAAUUAUCAGGAUGAUGCUGAUUUAGCGACCAGAGCUAUACCUGAAUUGAUUAAAUUAUUAAAUGAUGAAGAUCAGGUUGUUGUAUCACAAGCUGCUAUGAUGGUGCAUCAAUUAUCCAAAAAAGAAGCAUCAAGACAUGCCAUCAUGAAUAGUCCUCAGAUGGUUGCAGCUUUGGUAAAAGCAUUAACUAAUAGCAAUGAUUUAGAAAUGACCAAAGGUGCUGUUGGUACCCUUCAUAACUUAUCACAUCAUCGCCAAGGACUUUUAGCUAUAUUUAAAAGUGGAGGGAUACCAGCUCUUGUUAAAUUACUAAGUUCUCCUGUUGAGUCCAUCUUGUAUUAUGCUAUAACAACCUUACAUAAUUUGUUGCUUCAUCAAGAGGGCUCAAAAAUGGCAGUUCGUCUUGCUGGAGGUUUACAGAAAAUGGUAGCACUUUUGCAACGUAAUAACGUUAAAUUUUUGACAAUUAUAACUGAUUGCUUACAAAUAAUGGCGUAUGGUAAUCAAGAAAGUAAAUUAAUUAUACUUGCUUCACAAGGGCCAAUUGAACUUGUACGUAUUAUGCGCUCAUAUGACUAUGAGAAGCUUUUAUGGACAACAUCCAGAGUUUUAAAAGUUUUAUCAGUAUGUUCAAGUAAUAAGCCAGCAAUUGUUGAAGCUGGUGGCAUGCAAGCUCUUGCAAUGCAUUUACAACAUGGAAGUCAACGUUUAGUUCAAAAUGCAUUAUGGACUUUACGUAAUUUGUCAGAUGCUGGAACUAAGGUUGAUGGAUUAGAACAGCUAUUGCAAUCAUUAGUAUUAGCACUAAGCCAUUCAGAUGUAAAUGUAGUAACAUGUGCUGCUGGAAUUUUAUCAAAUUUGACUUGCAAUAAUCAACGUAAUAAAGUUACUGUUGUUCAAGUAGGCGGUGUUGAAGCAUUAGUACAGACAAUAAUGAAUGCUGGAGAUCGUGAAGAAAUUACUGAACCUGCUGUCUGUGCUUUGAGGCAUUUGACUUCUAGACAUAUUGAAUCAGAUAGUGCACAAAAUGCUAUAAGACACAUUGGUGGUAUUCAAGUUAUAGUGAAAUUAUUACAACCUCCUUCUCGUUGGCCACUUGUUAAAGCUGCAAUUGGACUAAUUAGAAAUGUAGCUCAGUGUCAAGGAAAUCAUAUACCAUUAAGAGAACAUGGGGCCAUACACCAUUUAAUACGAUUAUUAAUGAGAGCAUUUCAAGAUAUUCAAAGAACAUCUACUAACAGUAGUGUAGCAGGAUCAGGUAGAUCACAAUCAGGUGGUGUAUAUGCAGAUGGAGUACGUAUGGAAGAAAUUGUUGAAGGUACUACAGGUGCAUUGCAUAUUCUGGCACGAGAAUCACACAAUCGAGUACUUAUGCGUUCCCAACAAGGGUUGAUUGCUGUAUUAGUUCAGUUGUUAUUUAAUGAUAUUGAAAAUGUUCAACGAGUGGCUGCUGGUGCUUUGUGCGAGUUAGCUAUUGAUAAAGAUGGAGCAGAUAUGAUUGAAGCAGAAGGUGCCACAGCACCUCUUACAGAACUGUUACAUUCCCGUAAUGAAGGAGUUGCAACAUAUGCUGCAGCAGUGUUAUUCAGAAUGUCAGAAGAUAAACCAAAUGAUUACAAAAAACGAUUAUCUGCAGAAUUGAGUAAUUCAUUAUGCCGAGAAGACCAAAAUACAUGGCCACCUAAUGAUCUUGGAAUGGGACCUGAUCUUCAGGACGCAUACGAUUUGUAUGGUCAUGGACUUGGUAGCGUGCACAAUGGAAUGGGCUCAAUACGACAUAGCAACUACCACCAACAAUCAGGGUAUGACACGUUACCAAUAGAUUCUAUGCAAGGCCUAGAAAUAUGUUCUCAACAAGAAUCUAAUUGUAGUCCAUUGGACGUUGUGACAGCUAAUGAUAUUGAUUUUGGGCGUCUAGGAGAUUUACCUUUACCUGAACCUCCUCAAGACAACAAUCAAGUAGCUGCUUGGUAUGAUACUGACUUAUAAAGUUUGUUAAUAUAAUAAAUUAACAAGUAUUAAAUAUAAAUAGAUUACUUUUUUAUUCUGUAAAAUAAAUUAUAAAACAUGGAAGUUUAUUUAACUUGAUAAGUAUUCAAGCCUAUGCUUGUUCAGUUAAUACUAUCUAGUUAUUUGGUGAAAAUGAGAACUAAGAGGUUAUAAAUAACAAUAAUGAUAUUAAUAUUUAUAUUGGUUGAGUUUGUAAAGAAGUUAAGAAAAACAAUUACACCAUGAUACCUAUUAACUAAUAACAUCAUUAUUAUUAAAUCUUACACUAUUUUUGAAUAUUAAUAUCUAUAAUUUAUUUUAUGUAUUGUAAUUUUUAGUAAUGUAUAGUAGAGUGCAUUAGUUUAAGUAGUUUAAUAUUUAUAAUGUUUUCAAACCCAAAGUUCAUCAAACUCUUAUUAAUAU